AUGUCGGCUCCAGACGCUGACAUGGCCGCCUUUGGGGAGGCGGCUCCUUACCUCCGAAARUCAGAGAAGGAGAGAAUUGAGGCCCAGAACAAACCUUUUGAUGCCAAGACAUCCGUCUUCGUGGUACAUGCAAAGGAGUCCUAUGUGAAAGGGAAAAUCGAGAGUAAGGAUGCAGGGAAGGUCACUGUCAAGACUGAAGGUGGAGAGACCAUGACCGUGAAGGAAGAUCAAAUCUUCUCCAUGAACCCUCCCAAGUACGAUAAAAUCGAGGACAUGGCCAUGAUGACCCACCUCCACGAACCCGCUGUGCURUACAACCUCAAAGAGCGUUACGCAGCCUGGAUGAUCUACACCUACUCGGGUCUCUUCUGCGUCACUGUCAACCCCUACAAGUGGCUGCCGGUGUACAACCCGGAGGUGGUGUUGGCCUACCGAGGCAAGAAGCGCCAGGAGGCCCCUCCACACAUCUUCUCCAUCUCUGACAAUGCCUAUCAGUUCAUGCUGACUGAUCGGGAGAACCAGUCCAUCCUGAUCACGUACAGUGCCAUUGACAUCCUGGGUUUCAGUGCUGAUGAGAAAACAGCCAUCUACAAGCUGACAGGGGCUGUCAUGCACUACGGGAACCUGAAAUUCAAGCAGAAACAACGAGAGGAGCAGGCAGAGCCUGACGGCACAGAAGUGGCUGACAAGGCUGCCUACCUGAUGGGCCUUAACUCAGCUGAGUUUCUCAAGGCCUUGUGUUACCCCCGAGUCAAGGUUGGGAAUGAAUACGUGACCAAAGGUCAAAAYGURACACAGGUGAACAAUUCAGUGGGUGCCCUGGCAAAGGCUGUCUUUGAGAAGAUGUUCCUGUGGAUGGUUAUUCGCAUCAACCAGCAGCUGGAUACGAAGCAGCCCAGGCAGUACUUCAUUGGUGUCCUGGACAUUGCUGGCUUUGAGAUCUUUGAUGUAAGGAACAAGGAUUUGACACCACAGUCAAGUGCCAUGGAGCACGAGCUGGUGCUGCAUCAGCUGCGCUGUAACGGCGUGCUGGAAGGGAUCAGGAUCUGCAGGAAAGGGUUCCCCAGCAGAGUCCUCUAUGCUGACUUCAAACAGAGAUAUAGAGUACUUAAUGCCAGYGCYAUYCCAGARGGWCAGUUCAUGGACAACAAGAAGGCUUCAGAGAAGCUCCUUGGGUCUAUUGAUGUAGACCAUACCCAAAGCAGNAAGCUGAUGGCUAACUUGAGAAGCACUCACCCCCAUUUUGUACGGUGCAUCAUCCCAAAUGAGACUAAAACACCUGGUGCCAUGGAGCACGAGCUGGUGCUGCAUCAGCUGCGCUGUAACGGCGUGCUGGAAGGGAUCAGGAUCUGCAGGAAAGGGUUCCCCAGCAGAGUCCUCUAUGCUGACUUCAAACAGAGAUAUAGAGUACUUAAUGCCAGYGCYAUYCCAGARGGWCAGUUCAUGGACAACAAGAAGGCUUCAGAGAAGCUCCUUGGGUCUAUUGAUGUAGACCAUACCCAGUACAGAUUUGGUCACACCAAGGUGUUUUUCAAAGCUGGGCUGCUGGGACUCCURGAGGAGAUGAGAGAUGACAAGUUGGCAGAAAUCAUAACUCGCACACAAGCCAGGUGCAGAGGCUUCUUGAUGAGAGUGGAGUAUAAGAAAAUGGUGGAGAGGAGGUAG